CUGCUCUGUGUUUCCAGCAGUGCUCACUCCACUGUAGGAGGGAGUAGGGACACGGGGAGACGAGACAUAGCAGGUGAUAUAGUGGAAAUUAAAGGCAGAAAGGGUGCAAGAGAGAUGAAGAGGCUCACAGAAUGAAGGCAGCUACAUUCCACAUGUUUUUUUUUUUAUAAUGGGCAAAGGGAAUAAGGAAGUGGCUAAGAAGGCAAAGGGGAACAUUUUGUAACUUCAUAUUUGAGUUUAUAUUCUGUGUGAAGACUUUGGCUUCACUGAAAAAGGAAGAUUUAUGACAAAACAAAAAAAUACAGUCUUCUAAAGACUCCUCCUGGACUCUGAAGAAAUCUCUUUCACGUGGAUGUUGUGAGAGUAGAACAUGAGCAGCACCAACUUUAGCUUCGAUACAAUAAUCUAUGGUCAUUCACUAUGUACAGAAUGGACCAACAGCACAGAGGGUGCCAUCUACCAUCUGGGUAACACCAUCCUCUUUUUAGGGUACAUGGGUGGCAGUGGAACUUAUGGCGCACUAUACAUCUUCAGUUUCCUGGCUCCUGCUUUUCUAUGUUUGGCAUUGUGGGGUUGGCUAUCAGUGUGUGGCCUCGAUGUCUUUCUCUGGAACCUGCUGCUGAUGUUGCAGUGUCUAGCCCAGGUGUGCCACCUGAUAUUUCGGCUGCUGCGGGAUGGUCUGGCCAAUGCGGAGCUUUCUGCCCUCUACUCUGCAGUCUAUCUGCCACUGGCUGUACCUGUGCAGGUGUUCAAAGAGAUCACUGCUGCCUGUGAGAACAAGGUGCUCGCUCUCAAGGCUGAGGAGACUUAUGCUAUAGAGGGAAAAACACCCAUUGACCAGCUUUCCUUUCUACUCUCUGGAAGGAUUCGAGUGUCUUUAGAAGGUCAGUUCCUUCAUUACAUAUUCCCUCACCAGUUCCUGGAUUCUCCGGAAUGGGAAUCCCUCAGACCAACAGAGGAGGGAAAUUUCCAGGUGACACUAACAGCAGAGACGGAUUGCCACUACAUCUCCUGGCGCCGCCGACGGCUUUAUCUCCUUCUGGCCAAAGAUCGCUACAUUGCUCGUCUCUUCUCUGUUAUGCUUGGCAGUGACAUUGCAGACAAACUCUACUCUCUUAAUGACAAACUGUUUGCCAAGAGUGGAGUACACCUUGACAUCCGUCUGCCCAGCCUCUACCAUGUUCUUGCCCCAUCACCACCAAGUAGCGAGGGGGGCAGUGGCUGUUCCCCACCCAGGGGAAGCCAAGGGAAUCAGACAGCCGUGCCAGUAGACCCAGCACCCAGCACCCAGAAUGUAGGUGCAGCAAGCUCUCAACAAGGACAGAGGAAGGAUCCACUUCUCAAAGGUCAGCCUUCCCAGCGACACUCUUCCUGGGCUGCGGAUCCUGAGAUGCCCUCGGGUGAGGACUCAACCAGCCUAGUCCUCGAGGACUUUGCUGACAUGAUAGGCUCUCUAGUGGACUAUGGGAGUGAAAGGGAUUAUUUGAAGUAGAAAAUAGGGUGCUGAAGCUAACACACUGGGCCACUUUUUAAGUUACAUGUAAGUACACACAAAUAGGUUAGGACUGGUAAUGUGGGGAGAAGCGUGUGUUGUGCAGUGUGUUUUGAAGUGGCACUGUUGCACUCAUUUGGCAUCAAGCAUUUGACUAACUUCAGAGAAUGCAGGAGAGGAAUGUGCUUUGCAGUGAAUGUGCAAUUAACAUCUAACUCUUCCAUGAUUGUUAUUGUAUGCAUGAAAAAGAUUAAAAUAGACUUAUUCUAUGCAGCAAAACAGAACUGAAAUUUUGCAAGUUGUGCAGUAAAUCACUGCUUCUUUGAAUGUAUCCGUGUGUUUGUGUCUACAUGGCCUGGUGUGAGUCAAAGGAGAGAGAAGGCAUGGGGCUCUUUCCUUGCCACAUAUAUAACAAAUUAAUACAGUAUACAUUUUAAUAUAAGUGGAAAAUGCAAAUAUAAUUAGUGAAUAUGAGUCAGUUAAGACUUUUUUUGCCAAGUGUCUCAUCAUUCUGCAUAUUUGUUUGUUUAAUGGCUGGAAAGUCAUGAGCAAACCAGUGAUCCAAAACUGUAGGCUCCAUUAAUCCACCUCUUGCUUCUUUUGAAAUUCAUGCUUGCACCAGCUGCAGGUGAUAUUGCGUUUCAUGAGGGGGUGGAAAGGGUGGUAUUAGAUGGCAUGCAGGACAGCUGAUGGGAGGAAAUGGGCUCCACUGUCAUUGAAAUGCUGACCUUGUGCACAAGGCCUGUGGAGGAAUGAGAGAUAUGGGUUGGGCUAUGUGGACAGAUAGGCUACAACAUGCUUUAGAGCGGGAAUUGUAGUGGUUCAGUACGGAUUCAAAACAAUCUUAAUAUAAGUUACUAUAGAAGCACUUCUAUAAUGGUAUGCUAUUGCCAUAAGAUUGCAAAUGACUACUUGUUGAUUUUCUUCAUAAAUUUGACAGAGGGUGAUACUCCUGGAAGGUUUCGAUAUCAAAGAGGACGUGCUCCACUGGCUCCCACGGAUACCCCAAGGCUCUAAAAAUAAUCUAAUCCAUAAACAAAGCCAAGAGUGGAACCAGGGCCUCAGCAGGCUCACUACAUGCUUCUCAUUUCCUCUGCUGUCAUACUGUAGGUUAUGUUUCUAUAGAACAGAGACAUACUGUAAAUUGGACAUCUUAAAGAGGUUUUAGAAAGGAUUUAUCUAUACUAUUAAUGCAGUAAUAAUCCCUUCCACUGGCCUUGAUCGACAAAGCCUAAAAUAGUUUUGGGUUCCAUGUUAAUACCAUUAUAGUAUAAUGUUAAUGGUUUUUUUGCUUUAAUGUUGUUUUUAAGCCUGUAGUGUUAGUAUUUUUGUAGAUCAUAAUGUAAGUAAAAGUUCCGCUUCACUUUUCACUUCAUUUCCUCACGUCACAUUGUGUUUUUGCUUUUUUUUUUUUUUUUUUUGCAUUUUUUUAAAACACAGGAUAAAUGAGUACAGGGAAAACAUUCAACCAGUAUAUGCUACUUUAUGUGAGUCUUUAUUUCACCAUAAGGAAUCAAUGUAUUUUCAUGGGGCCAAUUCUUCCUUAAUAAAACCUCAGUGAAAAUUCAGUGCAUGGUGGAUAUUGAUCCCAGUCUACAAUUUGCCUACAGUAGAUUAAGAGUUAUGCUACAUUUUAAUUACCAAAUGUUGUACAUAAAUUUGCCUGAACAUUAUUAUUAUUAAUUUCACACUUAAUUUUACAUUAAAUAAUAGCCAGACUGCCAAGCUACUGUAUAUCACAAAAGUCAAACAAAAAUUUUUAUCUAAUAAGACAAACGAGAUGCCAACAUAAAGGAUUUUCAUCUCUACAGUAUUGCAUUAUUUGAUAUUAGGAGGAAAGAAAUCAUCAAACUGAACUCUAGUAAUUGACCAGUGUUAAAAGGCAUAAUUGUAUAAUUGCUCUGUAAUAUCUGACUGAAUAUCCUGAAAAAUGUUACUGAAUAACGCAUUUGUAGAUGGUAUUUUUUUUACCCUAUACAUGCAAAAUGUGUGCUUUAAUGGAACACUUUAAUAAAUGCUGUUGUCUUUA